UGUUCGGUGCUUCGCGUCGAUAGACACCAAGUCUAACCGAGUGGGGUAUUGCUUUCCCCGCCUAGACUGGGAGAUAACCACCACUGACGACACAUGCGCGACAACCCCACACUGUCAUGGGUCGUUAUCGCAGGAAUUCAUUGGCUUGUAUAUAUGCUGAAACAAUAAAAGGAAGCUAUUUUACACACCUCGCAUGAUGAACGCGACUGCGGGAUAUUGCUGCUUUGGUUUAUUAUCGAUUCGCAUGAUCAGGCAUUUACUCAUAUAGCCAACGUCUCGUCUUUCCUUUCUAGAUGACCAUGUCUCGGUAAUAUUGUUGCCCUGAUGUCUGCAAUGUCCGACCUUGUCACCAGAUUCGAAGAGCACAUAACACGUCUCGCACGUGAUGCACAACACCACUGCACCACCAUACAAACCCAUUUCAACACUUUACUCAAGGAUGUCAACAUACAGCCGAAAGCAGCUCUCUACGCAGCUCUUUUCUUCGUAACAUUUACAUGGCUCGCCAUAACCCUUAGCCGCCUCCUUCUUACCCGUCGACAUCCUACCUCUCGACCCAGCACGCCGAAUCUCGAGAAACGUUCCCCGUUCAAAGCUCCAGAUAGGCCACCUGGAGUAUGGCACCCAUCCCCAUUCACCCGCCCCACGGCAUCCCCUUACCCAAAUUGGUCCCUAUCAACAACAAAACCUCUACCUUAUCGUCCCUUCCGCUACGGCCCCAAAUACAACAUCACAAUGGGCCUACGCAACAUGUCGUGGGACGAAUGGAUUGAACUCGAUAACGAAUACACAUCUUACCACUCCCUCAAAGCAGCCAGGAUAGCCGAGAGAGGAGAAAAAUGUAUCAAGACGGCUCCUGAAGCGACGAGUGCGGCAAAGGAGUUGUUGGAGGAGUUGGUUGAUUACUUGCCACAGCGGUAUCCGAGAUUGUUCCAAGAGAUGAAGGUGGGGAAGGGGAAAGGAAUGAAGAAUCUAGAGACAGGUGAGGUUUUUGAUGUGGAGGGGUGUGCGAGAAAUGGGGAGAGGGAGGAUCCGAUGGAGAUGUGUGCUAGGAUGAUUCAAGAUGAUCUUGCUAUCAUGGUUGAGAAGGAGGAUGGGCAGUACUAUUUGCUUGCUGGUGCUAUCUUGCUGGCGGGAUUUUGGAGGUUGGAGGAUAAGUUUGGGAUGCCGCUUUCUACCAUUCAUACGAGUGGGGACGUUCCGGGGUUCAAAGACAAACUCGAGAAACCAAUGUCCAAUUUCUUCCGCAGAAUACAACCACAGUCACCUGUUCUACGGAACAACUACUUCAUUCAAGUCGAUGACAAACUAGCCUGGAGCGAGAGUAUAGGCAGUGAAGAUGCGAAAGAAGAUGGAGGCAUUGGGUGGUUUACAGCAGAGAAGAACAAGGCCGUUGAGCAUCAUUGGUUCAGGAGUGAGAGGCAGAGUUUACGGAGGUUGCCUAAAUCUGGUGGUGUGGUAUUUACGAUUCGAACUUACUUCCAUCCCAUCACGGAUAUCGCGCAGGAACCCUAUGUGCCUGGCCGACUAGCCAGCGCGAUUCGUUCUUGGGGUGAGGAUGUGAGUCGCUAUAAGGGGAAGGAGAUGUAUGGGGAUGUAUUGCUGGAGUAUCUGGAAAAGAAACACGCAGAGCAGGUGGAAGGAGGGCUGGACGUUGAUGGGGAGGAAGAUGUUGCAAGGGGUUAUCCGUUUUGAUCAGGGCGUAUUUCGGGAUGAAGGUGUUCAGCAAAGGGAGUUUUCUCCAUUGAAUAUGUGAAAAAUUAUUCUUGCUCAAUCAGGAACUGUCACCGAUCUCGUUACAAGGGCCGUGUAUCGCUGAUCCAAUAUCUAGGCGAUUUGCAUGCUUAUAUCGUACCUUCUCAGAUCAUUUAGUGCAGGCCCGACCCUUUUCUGACGCUAGUAGUCGGGCCGGAUGCGUGAGGCGAAGUCGGGGUCUGCAAGUCGUGCCGAAUAUAGAAGUUGUGCUGUGCAUCAGGCAGUUCUUCGGUCGGCGACGUACUAGGCCAUCUCUGUACUUGUCGUUUAAGCACUCUGGCUGG